AUGUUGCAAUGCACAACUGCUCGCUAUUUUAAGGGAUUUGAUGUUUCGAAGGGGCUUUCUUCCCUAUUUGGCAGUAAGACACAAUGUUGUAGUACAGGAUGCAAUCCAAAAAGCACAGAGGGCGCUUCCCUUCUAAAUGAAGGAUCUAAUUUUGGAUCCUUUUCAACAAAGUUGCCGACAACUUUUUUUAACGGUUUUUUGUCGGGUUCUCAGAGGUCCAGUUCAUUUGGAGGUGGACGUGGUCCCGAAGGAGGAAACGGAGGCGGCCCCUUUGGGGGGCUGUUUGACAAGGCCUUGGAAUGGUGUAGCGAGGCUCAUGCACGUGACAUUGCGCGACGCCAGGGAAUUAAUAUUCGGGAAGUUCGGUUUGAACAUACACCCCAAGGAGGCAUAAAUGUUUUUGUGGAUGCCCCUAAUGCAACACCGAAGCAAAUCGAACAGUUGGGACAGCAGGUGAUGGUGGAAUGUCCAGUGGCUCGUUUUAGGAAAACUCAGGUGACUUCUUCUCAGCAAACUGUGCAGUGGCUCCGUCUGCCCGAUCGUUACGACCGCUAG